AGUUCAUCCUUCGUAACAAGUACAGCUUUUGAUAUGAAGCUGCUAAUAGUCCUAUCAAUUAUAGCCUGUGGCUAUGCGGACAAGUUAGACAGAGCUUAUCUACCGCCGGUUAAUGCCGCGACAGCUGGAGGUAGCCCAGGAGCUCUGAUAGCACCGGGUGCGACAUCGGUCGCAAGACCAGGCGCUAAUUUAGGACAAUCAAGUCAAGUUGAUCUCGGACAAGGAGUUUCAUCAGGACGUCAACCUGGAACUGGAUCAGGACCGUCGCGCCCGUCUACUUUCAGUGGAGUUUCUGAAAAUGUUGCGAAGGGACCUGCGUUUGGAAUUAACCAGAGUCCAAAUGGAAUCAAUCAAGGCUCAAGUGGAAUUAACCAGUUCCCAAGUACUUUAACACCUGCUGGCGGUAAAGGCAAUUUUGCGUUACUCGGAGCGAAUGCUCCCUUUGGCACUUCACAAGGUCAAACUUUUGGUUCAUCCGUUACGCCUGAUGCUAACACAUUCAAUGUUGGAAGUCAACAAACAUACAGACCUCAGUCAGAAGCACCUUCCGGCCAAACAUUUGGACAACAAGCAGUCAGCGUGGCUCAAACUUACAAACCAGAGCGUGCGCAAGCCGCAGCUGACAGAAAUGCUGAAAUCCUGAAGUAUGUGAACGACAAUAAUGGUGAAUCUUACUUAUACAGCUACGAAACAUCCAACGGAAUUUCCGCUGAAGAAUCCGGUGUCGCGACAAAUGGUGUAAAGGCACAAGGUGGUUUUUCUUAUACCGGUGAUGAUGGUCAAGCCUAUUCUCUGACCUAUACUGCAGAUGAAAAUGGUUUUCAACCACAAGGUGAACAUUUGCCCACACCCCAUCCUAUUCCUGAAGAAAUACUGAAAUCGAUUGAAGAAAAUUAUAGAGCAGCUGCUGCUGGUACUCAAGAAGGUGCGUACCGUCCAGAAGAAUACGAAAACGAAAAUUCUCCCCAGCAAUAUAACAUUGGACAGUCCUCCUUUAACCGACCGUCAAGCCAAAAUCAAGGUUCCUACCAAGCGUCAUUUUCGCAAGGUCCUAUCGGUCAAAGCAACGAAUUCCCUGGAAAUCAAGGAGUUCUUGGAGCAAGUACUAUAACUGGUCAGUCAGGUCAAUUUGGUCAAAUAAGACCUUCAAAAGGUUCUAACAUAUUUGAUAUCGCAACAGGUGGAUCAAAAGGGCCUUUUAACCAAUAUCAAGCAGAAAAUAACCAAGGCGAAGUGCAAAAGAUUCCAAGCCCUAAUCAAAUUGGUAACGUUAAACCGAAUCAAUUCGGAACAGGAUCUGUAGGUCAAAACAAUCAGUACCAAAUAAGCGUUGGCAGUAGUCAGGGUCCUUUUGGUCAAUAUUCAAACCAGGGAGCUAUCAAUCAAGGUUCAAGUCAAAGUUCCAAAGGUCAAUCAGUCGGGUAUAACUACAAUCAACCCCAAAGUGCUUUUGGAUCAGCGACCCAAUUUGGUUCAAAGGCUUCAGUUCAGAACCGUCCAGAAGGAAAUCAAGGUCCAACAACUUCAUCAUCCGGAUCUGGCAAUGUUCAAAAUACUUUUGGUAUUCAAUCUGGAAAGCUUCCAUCGUCUGAAACACCAUUUGGAUUUUCUCAAGGCUCUCAGUUUGGUCAGUCACAAAACUCUUUAAACAGGCCCGAAAAUCGGCCCUCGGGUUCAGGAGCACUUGGACAGAGCCAGCAAAAUCAAUAUAACAUAAAUAAGCCAUCAUUUGUGGCACCACAAGGAUCUCAAGUUACUCCUGGAGGUCAGGCAUCUUCUGGGCCUACAGGCUACCAAACAAAUGCAGAUCGUCCUUCAUUUGGAUCGAAUAGACCAAGCGGGACUAGUUUUCAAACUAACCAAGGCUCAAAAUACCAAUCCAAUGGUAACAAACCGACUGGUAUAACCAAUGGCCAACAAUAUCAACAAAAUGGAAACCGUCCCGUGAGUGCGAAUACCGGAUCUGGUCAAGUUGUCUCACCGCUCGGAGGAUCUUCUGGAAUAAAGAAAACAGAAUCUGGAAGCUUCUUUGGUCAAUCGAAUCAGCCUUUCGGUUCCAACAUAGGACCUGAUCAAAGUGGUACACAGUUUGGACAGAGCAGUCAGCAAUUUAACUUAGCUCAGGGUUCUAAAAGCCCAGGCCUUAUUCAAGCCCCUUACCAGUACGAUAGACCGAGUCAAUCUUUCCCACCGCAACAACAGACAGGUGUCGGCUCCGGUCAACGUCCAGGGAUCAAUUCCUUUGGAUCUUCUCAAGGAUCACGGCCAGGUGUAAGUUCUCCUGGAUCUCAGGGAAUAAGUGGACAGCAAUCGAGUUCUCAUUCACAGGGAAAUCAGGCUGGGAAUGGACGUCCUGGAUUUACAGGGAAUCAGGGAGGGAGCGGACAGCGUCCUGAUGAUCUUCCAGGGUUUCAGGGUACAAGCGGGCCAGGUGGAAGCUAUUCUGGAUCUCUUGGCGUGACUGGGCAGAAGCCCGGAACGAGCUCUCAGGCAGUGAACGGUCAACGGCCGUUCGGUAGUUUUUCGGGAACCCAAGGUUACAAUGGUCCAUCAGGAAUUACUCAAGGUGCAAGCGGCCAACGGCCGACAGCAGGAUCACCAGGUCAGAGUAACCAGGGCAGACCAGAGCAAUUCGGAGGCCCGAGACAACCACCGAGCUUCAACCCACAAGAAGGUUACAAAUACUAGUCCAAAGUUCUAGCGAAUUCUUAGUUUUAAAUAGAGAGAGCAUAAGAAAAUUUACAAAAAAAAAAAAUAUUUAACUAGCAGAGCAUAUGAAAAUGAAUCAAAAAAUAUCGCCUCGUGUCUAAUUUUAUACAUUUCAUUUUAGUAAAAUUAUGAUUGUAUGAAAACGAUAGCUUGAGAAAAUCACUGUGUGAUUGAUUAUAUUAAUAAAGAAAUAUUAUAAAA